AAGGGGGGUAACUCUAGUAUCAUGACGUCACAGGCAGGCAACAUGGCGUCGUGUGAUUGUCGAAGAGAGUGAACACUGUUUUGAGAAAUGCAUUUUGGACAUUGCCCGUUUCUCGUUACUUUUAGGAUCAAAGCUGUGUUGCAAGGUGACAAUGGUCAAGUUUUAUACUAGUUCCUCACUGUUCAAGUAUUCCUGGGACCAAGUUGCAUGUGCCUUCUGGCAGAGGUACCCUAAUCCAUUCAGCAAGCAUGUCCUGACAGAGGAUGUUGUUAAUCGAGAGAUACGCAAGGAUGGGUUGCACACGACUAGACUGCUGACCAAGACUAAUCCAGUGCCUAAAUGGGGAGAAAGAUUUGUUCCCGGGACCCACUGGGUCUGCAUUGUAGAGGAAUCUAUAGUUGAUCCUGAAAAGAAGACCAUAAUUACAUAUUCUAGGAACAUUGGAAUGCAGAAACUCAUGAGCAUUGAAGAGAAAUGUGUAUACAAGGUGAACCCUGACAAUGGCAAGCAGACUUUGUGUGAGCGGUCUGCCUGGAUCACAUCCUCAGUCUUUGGCUUGGGUUUUGCUAUACAAAAGUUUGGAGUGGAACGAUUCAAGAAAAACAUCAACAAGACAUGCAAGGGUUAUGAUUAUGUGCUAGACAAACUGUUCAGUAUGGAAGCGCCGACUGCUGUGCAAGACCACACGCUUUCAAGCAAGGAGAAAAUUAAGGGCACUGCCAGGAAGGCUGCAGAAGUGGCAGCGGCAAAGGCCCGGCCGAUUCUGUCCAAUCCCAGACCCUUGUCAUGAACCUGGCAGAAUGAUGAUCUAGCACUAGAAGUAGAACCUUUACACAGGAGACGUGUGAGAGGGAUUGGUUAGGGUUGCAGUGAAGGAGUGUCACAAGAGUUUGGGAUUUCGUUUAAAAGUUUGUGCAUGUUUUUGUUAUGCCAGUUACAAAGUUACAUGGAUACAUGUGAUCCAAUCUGAGCGUCACUGGAACUAAUGCACAGCUUCUGCAAUGGAUGGACUCACUAUUUGUCUUCAAUAUCAAUUUAAAUAGAAACCUUUUAACAUAUAUAUAUGGAAGUUCAAUAUUAUGACUUUUCCUCACAUUUUCAUGUAAUUUUUGUAGUUUUGAUGCUCUUUUUAAUGAAACGAUUUAUAAAUCAUUCCUGUAAACAAUUCAAUUUCCACAAACAG